AUGAAAUUAAUAUUGUGCUUAAUUUUUGUGCUUGCAGUAGCAAGUAAUUAUUAUGGUACUUAUUUUCGUGUUAAUUGUGAAAUGAACGAUUUAAAGGAUACAAAAAUAAAUAAAUCUUCCGAUUCUGAUGAAAAAUUAAAUGAAAGUAAUAUAAGAAUUAUUUCCAAUAAAGUAAUUUAUGAAGAUGAAAAAAAAAAUCUCAGAAGAAAAGAAGGAAAUUCAUCAAAUAACCAUGGAGGUAACAGUUACAAAGUUCCCACAACACAUUUUAUAGAUGAUGAAAUGAUUAAAAAUAAAGAAUAUAAAAAAGAAAAUCAACAUGAUUUAGAUAAAUCACUAUCAUUUGGAUACAAUGUUAAAAAACGUACGAAACGUGAUAAUGAAAUGUUAUCAACAGAUGUAAAUGCUGGUAUAAAUAAUACAAAUAAAACAGGAGAGGACUAUAAUGAACACGGUACUAAUGCACAAGAUACUAUCACUAAAAAUAUAAAUAGUCAAAAUGUUGUUUAUUAUCCAAAUAGGGGAACAAAUGAGACAAAUGCAAAAGAAUUUGAUAAUUCCCAAAAUGAUAUAGUUAAAUUAACUGCACGUUAUUAUAGUAUCAAUCAAGAUAAAGAAGAAGAUAAAUUAGACACAAAAGAUGAUUAUGAUAAUACAACUGGUAAUACAGCUGGUGUUGUAGCUGAAAAUUAUGAUAAUGACAAUGCAUCUGGAGUUGUAGCUGAAGGUUAUGAUAAUGGUAAUGCAGAUGGAGCUGGAGCUGGAUUUACAACUGGAGUUGUAGCUGAAAGUUAUGAUAACGGUAGUGCAGAUGGAGCUGGAUCUGGAUCUGAACCUGGACCUGGAUCUAGAAGUUACUAUGAUGGUAAUGCAGGUAAAGCUGAACCUGGAUCUAUAAGUUACUAUGAUGAUAAUGCAGGUACAGGUGAAUCUGGAUCCGGACCUGAACCUGGACCUGGAUCUAUAAUUUACUAUGGUGGUAAUGCAGCUGGAGUUGUAACUGAAAAUUAUGAUAACGGUAGUGCAGAUGGAGCUGGAUUUGAAGCUGGAGUUGUAACUGAAAAUUAUGAUAAUGGUAAUGCAGCUGGAUCUGGAUCUGGACCUGAACCUGGACCUGGAUCUAUAAUUUACUAUGGUGGUAAUGCAGCUGGAGUUGUAACUGAAAAUUAUGAUAAUGGUAAUGCAGCUGGAUCUGGAUCUGAACCUGGAUCUGAACCUGGACCUGGAUCUAGAAGUUACUAUGAUGGUAAUGCAGGUGGAGCUGGAGCUGGAGUUGCAGCAAGUUGUAAUGAUAAUUCAGCUAGUAAUCCAGGGGAAGCAGAGGCAGUUAAUUGUUAUUAUAAAGAUGAUAAAAAAGAAGAUAUCUAUCAAAAUUCAGAUGUAGGACAUAAACCUGCAAAUAAACUAGAUGAGACCAAAUCUACAGAUACAUAUAUUCCUAAAAAUGGAGGCGCUCACAAAUAUAAAGAAAAUGAUAUAAAAAUUUGCCUUACGUUGCCUGCACUACCGGAAGAUUCAGUAAAAUUUUUAGUUUAUUUACAUAUGAACAUAGGAUAUUUAAAAAAUAAACUUUUAUGUUCUGAUAAUAAAACUAAUUAA